AUGAGUAACCCACCAAAGCAACAAUUACCACCUUUUCCCAAUAAAUACACCCUUCGGUUAGUCUCACCCACAGAUUCAAAACCGUGUCUAAUAUGCUACAAACCUACAACGUCAGUACUAAUCUCCGAGAAUCAAGUGGACUUUUUUUAUACUUGUAAUGCGCAUUUACUAGAUACUCAAUUCACUGACCCCGUGCAUCCGCAAGCUUAUUAUGACUUGGCGAAGGAGAUAGAGGUAUUGAAGCAACUGGUUGAAAAGUUGAAAGUUGAAGUAGAUUCAGAAAAACCUUAUUUUUGGGGACUCAAUCAGUAUUGGAAAAAUGGUGGUGGUAGUGGAUCGACUGAAAGUAAAAGUGAAAGUACAAGUAAAAAUGGCAACGACGACGACGGAAACAAGGAGAAAAGUACAAAUAAAACACCAGCGUCAAAGGACGUUAGUAAAUAUGAGCUUCUAAAAAGUAAGCUAAAGGAGCAGUCGAAUUCACUUCAAGAGAAAGAAACUCAGCUUCAACAAUUUAAAUUCAAGAAUUAUACAUUACAUCAAACAAUCUAUAGAAAUAGAUUAAUGGCUUUUCAAAAGAGAAAGUAUAAUAAGGAAAGAAGUGAGAAAAUACAACAAAAAGGAUUCUUCCCUAGUGCGCCGACACACGAUAUUAGCUAA